CUCGGGCGGGUACCGACCAUGGCGGCCUCGGCGCCGCUACCCGGGAACCGGCUCUUCCGAACGUACGGGAACGUGGGCGGCGGGAGGCCGCGGCGGGGGCCGGACCGGGCAGCGGCGCAGUGGUUCCCGCCGCAGGACCGGAAGCGUUUUUUCAGCAGCAGCAGCAGCAGCGACGCCAGCAGCGGCGGCCCCUCGGGGUCUGUAGCUUCCGACGAUCCCGACGACCCUGACUUCCUCGGCCUUCCGGCGGGUCGGCGGCGGCGGCGCCCGGGCGGCAGAGCCUCCAGGGACCGGCCGAGUCUGAUCGCGACCCCCCGACGCCUCAGGCUGCGAGCCCGGCCCCCGCAGAAGUGCAGCACCCCCUGCGGCCCGCUCGGCCCGCCGCCCUUCCCGAGCGACGACCCAGGCCGCCCCAGCCCGGACCUCAGUGCGUGCGGCCAGCCCGGCGACGGCGGCGAGCUGGGCACCAGUGCCUCCCUUUUCAGCAGUCCGGUCUCUCCCGGCCCCGGCCCCCCGGCCCCGGGAGACAGUGUCCUCUGCACCGGACCCUCCGCCUCCUUGGAUGUGGCCUCUGAAGUCCCGGGCGGCUUGCACCUCCCAGCAGCUUCCCUGGACACACCACCCCUCCACGGCUUCCAGGAGGCAGCAGGAGGAGGCAGGUUCACCAGGUUGGCCCACCAAGCCCGUGCGAGCCUCAGGUCAGCUCUCUUUAAUAUUAUGGACUGUGGAAACUCUGAAGAUUCUGAGUUUGGAGCAGAUGGGAGGAAUAUGAGGGGGUCUUGCUGUGAAAAGGAGCAGACAAGGGGGAGUCUGGAGAGGCCAGGUUUAUCACACAUGGGUAAGAAGAGGGCCACAGGCCACGACUCCUGUCAGGAGGUGAGGUCUCCAGGGGCUGCCCAGAUGGACUGUGAGGAGGCUGACGGUUUCGGGAGCUGUAUUGUAUCUGGAGAAACCAACAGGCCUGAGAGAACCAGGCCUAGGCGAAAAAGGAAACUUGAGGAAACAGUAGAAACCUCCCUUAUCCAUUGCCACCAGUUUAAGAGCCAAAAGAUGGAAAAAGACUCAUUCCUCACACAGGACCUGACUCACUUACAAAACUCAUGCUCUUGGACCAAAGCCAGGGCUUCCUUCAGUCUCCACAAGAAGAAGAUGGUGACUGCUGUGUCAGAAGUAUGCAGCAGCCACACCAUUGCCAGUUCUCUCUCUGGGUCCCUCAUAUCUGAAUGUUUAAGCCCUCCUGUUAUGAUCAGAACAAAUAGUGCUCUAUCUCCUUGGCACUGCUCUUCCAUGUACUUGCUAACCCCCUUAAAGACACUACACGUCACAGACAAAAAAGCAUCUGACGCUGCAAAGGUUUAUGGAGAGUGCAGUCAGGAAGGUCCUGUCCCCUUUAGCUAUUGCCUUUCCACAGAAAAACUUGAGUGCUGUCAGAAGAUUGGGGAAGGGGUGUUUGGUGAAGUGUUUCAAACAAUUGUUAACCACACACCUGUUGCCCUAAAAAUCAUUGCUAUUGAAGGACCAGAUCUAGUCAAUGGAGCCCAUCAGAAAACUUUUGAGGAAAUUCUGCCAGAGAUCAUCAUCUCCAAAGAGUUGAGCCUCUUGUCUGAUGAGGUAUACAACCGUACAGAAGGCUUUAUUGGUUUGAACUCCGUGCACUGUGUUCAAGGAUCUUACCCUCCCUUGCUCCUCAGAGCCUGGGACCAUUAUAACUCAACUAAAGGGUCUGCAAAUGACCGGCCUGACUUUUUUGAGGAGAACCAACUCUUCAUUGUACUGGAAUUUGAGUUUGGAGGGACUGAGUUAGAGCAAAUGAGAACAAAGUUGUCCUCCAUGGCUACUGCAAAGAGCAUUCUACACCAGAUCACUGCAUCCCUCGCAGUGGCAGAGGCAUCACUGCACUUUGAGCACCGAGACUUACAUUGGGGGAACGUGCUCUUAAAGAAAACCAGCGUCAAAGAGCUCCGCUACACCCUCAAUGGGAAGACAAGCACCAUCCCCACCCAUGGACUGCAAGUCAAUAUCAUUGACUACACCCUGUCACGGUUGGAGCGGGAUGGAAUUGUGGUGUUCUGCGACAUUUCCAUGGAUGAGGACCUAUUUACAGGUGAAGGUGACUACCAGUUUGAGAUCUACAGGCUAAUGAGGAAGGAGAACAACAACUGCUGGGGUGAAUAUCAUCCUUAUAAUAAUGUGCUCUGGCUCCAUUACCUCACAGAUAAGAUUCUGAAACAGAUGACCUUCAAGAUUAAAUGUAACACCCCUGCCAUGAAACAAAUGAAGAGAAAGAUCCAGCAUUUCUAUAGGACAAUGCUGAACUUCAGCUCUGCCACUGACUUGCUUUACCAACACAGUCUCUUCAAGUAAGCUGGAGGUGCCCUACUGCCCAGACAGAGGGUACCGGUUUUAAAACCUCCGAUGCUAUUAUUUUCAGUCUCCAUUCCCAGAGCAAAGUGGAAUUCCCAUUCUGAAUGUUUCUGGGAAUUAACAAAUGUUCUUUAAAAAUAAACUAUGCAUGGGAACAAAUAAUUACAAUUUAUAAGCCUUCUUUUUGUCAACUGAGUCCAUUCUAUAAAUGCCUCUCUAUAUAUUCAUUUUUUUACCUUGACAUUUCAUGUAUCCUGAGCAAAAAGAAAAACAAAAAAUUCAGGAAAGCCAAAGGCCUCAACUUUCAUAGUGAUCAGAACCUGUUGCUGUAGGUAUCAUAAGGGAAACAUACUACAGAUGGAGAGUCAGCUGAGGGCGAAGAGGCUAUAGCAAACCAGAGACAGAGACAGACUGGAGGGAGGAAAGGAAGAUGGUAAAUUUAUAGGGAGAAGUUCAAGAAAUAGCUCCUGUUUAUCAAGCUUAUUUGCCAAUCACAAAGAGAAGCAAAAUUUAUCAGUUUUUCAAAGGGCAAAUGAAUGUCUCCAUGGGUAUUAAGAAGGUUUGAAUUUUUGCUAAUUUUUCAUCGAGGGAAGGAAAAUAAGUGUUGCUUUAAGAGCUGAAUGGUUGAUAUUUCUUGUGAAGAUGAUUUUGGCAAUUUACUCCUAAUGUGUUCCCAGGUUAACUAGACUUGGUUUUACUCCUUUUCUAGAACUCUGGUUUUAUACCUUUGAGAAUCCACAGUCACUCUGGAAAGAUGUGAUCAUGAUAAAGAAAUAUCCCCGAGUACCUGAAUUUUUGUAAGGUUUCUCACUCUUAUGAACUGAUGACCUUGUAAUGUGAUUGGAAUGCAAAUGUGCAGCUUGAAUUCAGCUCCAAAGAGAUUUUCCCCAUGUAUCUACAAAAUAAAAUCAGAGAGUGGGAAUUCAGGUGUUGUUUUGCCAACUGUAACUUUGCAAUAAUAAGCAUUAAAUACUUACGCUGAAGAGGAAUUCUUUAUAGACAGAAAGCCCCUGGCUUGUGUUGAUGUACAUCACUGAAGGUCUGCAAAUGAGAGGGUAUUUGUUAGGCCUCAAGGGCCCCCUUCUUUCAAGUGAGCCUGAAUGCUACCACCUGGGUACACUAGGACAGAGGGCUCUAGGUCCUUAAGAAGAGUCAAGGCUGAGUAUCAAAAUGUAAAGUGGUGAUAGGGCAGUGUGGGUCAGAUGGAAUACUUGGAUUCUGUGCCUUUGGACUGGUUCUGUGUCUGGUUAGUAGUCUUCGGCAGCCUUUUCUCCUCCCUACUCAAUCCCACAGCUCCUCUUGUCCGCUUGUUAGCAUUAUGUCAGUGAUCUUUAGUAUUGAGACCAGUUAGCCCUGCUCCUCCUUUGAUCACUACCCAGAGGAUUUCUAAGGACCCAACUGUUAGUGCCCCAGCAAUCAGGAGCAGCCCAGGUUUUAAACAGGCUCCCAUCAGCGCUAGGAAUGUCCACAUCCACCCUGACCACCUGAAGCUACAGAUGUCAGCCCCUUGGAAGUACUUACUUGGGCAGAACUGCAAUGAAGGCAUGCUUGAAUUGAAGGCUGAUCUCUCUGACCAAAGACCUUCUUUCAUUGAAACUAGGAAAUAAGAGUGUCAGUUGACAGCAUACCCACUUUGUAUAUAGCUGUUUAUAUACCUUGGCUUCUCAGGGUCAAUGAGGGUCAGAUAAGAUGCUUGAAGAUAAGUAAUUAGAGUGCAGAAGAUUUGCUAGAAGACCAUACUUGGAGAAACACUGAUUUUAAAAGGGUUUCUCAAUCUUGAACAAGAAUGACAUUUUGGACCAGAUAAUAUUUUGUGAGAGGCGGCCUUAUACUGUACGAUGUUUAGGAGCAUUGCUGGCCUCUAGCCACUAGAUACCAGAAGCCCUCAUCCCACAAGUUGCAACCAAAAGUGUUUUCAGGCAUUGCCCUCCAAGGGGCAGAGUCAUCCCCAUUUGAGAAUCCUUCACCAUUAUACCCUACCCCCAAUACACAGAAGCUUUGCAGAUGAAAGAGCUUCUCCAGAGUUAAAUGAACCAGAUUUAGAACUUAUGUUCAAUUCUCAUUUACCAGAUCAUACUGUAGUUUUGUUCUGUGUGUCAAUAAAAGAACAUUUUAAAUAUCUCUGAAAACAAGAAGGGAAAGCCAAGUCACUGCAGCAGCAGAUUCUUUCUGUGGGUUCACUAAGGCCCUUCUUCCUGGGCAGCGAUGGAGCUCUUGGAGCUAUGGAGUUCUUACACAUGCAUGUGGAAGGGAGACUUCUUCCAGAGCCACAGCCUGGGCCUGCUGUGACACAGGCACUACUUACUUGGAGACAGCCACAGUGAUGUUAGCUGUCCUCUCUGGAAAACCAUUCUCCUCUAGCUGCCAAACUACUGAAAAGUUUCCCUAUGAAAAAAAAAAAAAAAAGAGAAAGAAAAGGUCAUUUGAUUCUUCUC